CGAGCCUCCGCCCCCGCAUUGAGCCUCUCGGAUGGUGGAGUUGUCUCCUUAACCCAACAGUAUUCACAGUAUCCACUCAGUCACACACAGGUUUGCACUUAAUUACACGCAGAGCAGUGCUGCCUUUUGGUGAUGUCUCCACGUAUAACGACGUAAAGGACGGCCGUCGAGAAUGGCUACAGACUUCUGCAGGUGAAAAUUUGUACAGAGACAAGGACCAAUUUUCAAUUGACAUUCAACCAGUUGCAGAAGCUUCAGGAUGAGUCACCUGAUCUAAAGGCCUUGCUAAGCCAUGGAGUGACUUUGAACACUUGGUGUUUAUGUGGCGUGACCAAACAUCUGAACUGUCAUGGCCAAGACAACAGAGGUUCUCAACCUGUCCUUCCUCCUGGAACAUGAGCGGGAGAUGAUCCUCAGUGUUCUACAGAAAGAUGAGAAACUCCGCAAGCGAGAGGAAAAGCGAAUACGGAAGCUGAAGAAUGAACUUCUGGAGCUGAAGCGAGGUGGCCGGCGCAGCAACCCAGAACAGCGUGAGUGUGGUGUGUGUCUGCGUGCUCUUGGCCUCAUAGUGCAGAGGGGAAAUGUAUGUGCUGACUGCCAACGCCGUGUUUGCAGCUUCUGCACAGCUGUGUCCCUGAACAGCAGUCACUUCAUGUGCACUGUCUGCGCCAAGACAGCAGAGCUAAAGGUGGUCACAGGAGAGUGGUUUCUAGAGGAACGAGCCAAACGCUUUGAGCGCAUGAAUGCUUCAAGCAGCGACGUGAUAAAACAGUCCAUCCUUAACAGUCCACCGGAUGGAAGUUCUGCCCAGAGGAAGUUUUCCCCAUCAGGUCUCGAUGGGACUGCCAUUGAGCGGUCAGCCACACCCCAGUCUGAGAAGAGUAUGGGGUGGAGCAUAGGCAAGAAGAAAGUGACAAACGCACUAGCUGUAGAGUCAUCAGGGCUACCAACCACACCUAACAACAUGCGCUUCCAACCAGGCCGAUCACCAACUGAAGGGAGGAAAGGGCCUGAUGGGGCUGAAAGUGUCUCCAGUCAUUUUAGUAGUGACAGUAUUCCAGAUAUGAUCUACGGUGGGCGGAACCAAACAGAUUCAGUUACACCCUCAAUCGCCGUGUCCAGAGCUUCACUCUCAUCAGAUCGCAGUCGCUCUGAAGUUGACCUCAGUAAUCCAGGGGAGGAGUUUGCAAAUGACUCUCUGCAUAGUCGCUGUCGCUCGGUUCCAGGUCUCAAUGAUGCAGACUCAGAUGAGGACAUUGAUGCCUUGCUGUCUGCCCAUUACAAAACCAACCGCAGUGUCAGCAGUGCUCAGUCUGUGUCUUCCACUCCAGGCUCAGUGCGAAAGUGGGGCUACCUUAAUGUACCCGACUCAGAUGCAGAGACUAGCAGUCUGAACAGUAUGAUGAGUGUGUACAGCGAGACAGGUGACUAUGGCAAUGCACACGUUUCUGGAGAGAUCCUGCUCAACAUCUCCUACAGCUACAAAACAGGAGCACUCAAUGUUCUAGUGCGUGAGUGCCGCUGCCUAGCAACCGGAGAUGAGAAGAGGCAGCGCACUGACCCAUAUGUCAAAACAUAUCUUUUACCAGAUAAGUCCCGUCAGAGCAAACGAAAAACCAGCAUCAAAAGCAACACGACCAAUCCAGUGUUCAACGAAAACUUGAGGUAUGUGGUGAGUCACUCUCAGCUGGAGACACGCACUCUGCAGGUAUCUGUGUGGCAUCAUGACCGCUUCAGACACAACAGCUUCCUGGGAGAGACAGAGCUGACUUUUGACUCCUGGGAGUUUGACACUCAGAUAGAGGAGUGGUUUGCCCUGCAGCCCAGGGCUGAGUGCUCUGCAGACUCUAUAAUGCAGUAUAAAGGAGAGCUGACUCUGGUUUUGAAGUACAUUCCUGCAGAAAGAAAUCUUUCACUGCCCCUGGACCAAGUACAAGUGAAAAAGGGAUUUCUGAAAGGGAAGAAGAGUGUCACUCUGCCAAAAGGAGGAAUGGUAGAGCUGCUGGUUAAAGAAGCCAAGAACUUGACAGCUGUCAAAUCAGGUUCUUCUGAUCCUUUCGUGAAAGGGUACCUACUGCCUGAUGACAAGAAAAGCACAAAGCACAAGACUGCUGUGGUGAGGCGUUCAGUGAAUCCACGCUGGAACCACACCUUUACCUACUGUGGCCUCCAGCACAGCGACCUGGACAGUGUGUGUCUAGAGCUCACAGUCUGGGACAAGGAGCCGCUUGCCAGCAAUGUCUUCCUGGGAGGAGUCCGUCUAGGAGCUGGAACUGGUCUGAGCUAUGGGACGGAGGUGGACUGGAAUGAUUCGUACGGGGAUGAGCAGCGAGUGUGGCAGCGCAUGAUUGACAACCCUGAGGUUCCUCAGGAGUGCACACUGAUGCUGAGGUCCAGCAUGGCCAAGAGAAAGUCAUAGAGGGGGCUGAGGGAGGAUAGCAACUUAUCUUGCAAUACUCAUCAAAACUUAAUGCCCCUCAUCACCUUUAAAAAAAGUGUCCUUUGCCUACACAGGUAGAAACAGCAUUACCACACACUCCUGCACACACAUAUGUAGAUUGUAUUUGUCCUCUAGACCAGCUGUGAUCACUUAUUACGUCUUUAUACACAGAUUGACACCUACAAAUAUGACCACACACUGUCUUAUUGUCUGCUUAACUCACAUACAGCCCUGCAUUUUGCUACUAAACAUCCAUUACACAUGAACAAAAAUCCAAUAUACUAAUACGCACCACAUAGUACAACAAUCCAAUGGCUGUAGACAGCACAAAGCAAUCCUAAAAAGAGCACAUAAUCUAAAGUCACAAUCAGCUUUGAAAAACAAUAUCAAAACUAUACUCCUCAUGAGAGCUCACACAUACUGUACAUUUAUGAGGGUACAACAUUUCCAGGCUUGCACAAAGCAUUCCAUUCAGUGCAAGUACACAAAAAUGCACUUUCAUUACCACUCAACAAUAGACACAGAAAAAGCCAGUUGUGCUUUGAGCCUGAAUGUAGAGAAUUUCUGCAGAUUUAGUGUGAGGAGUCUAUUUUCAUGUGCUGUUGUAGCGAUAAGACUGAAAUCAAUCACACCUCACUGAACUUAUCCACUUCCAGCCCUGUAUGCCUGAGGGAGUGUUCAUGAACUGAUCAGACCGUUCUUGUGUUCAGAGGCAGCCAACCAGAAUGAUUCCUGUCUUGGGUGUUUAAUUUUUAUAAUGCUCAAAGCCAGAGAGAUCACAAGAUGGAAUUGGGAAUGUGUGGAUGCCUUAGUAAAAAACUUGGAGACACUUGCACAAUGCACACAUGCACACAGUUAGUAAGUAAGUAAGUAAAUUUUAUUUAUAUAGCACAUUUAAAACCAAAGUGCUUCACAAUAAAAGGAAAACAAAAAGAAUUCCCACCUUCCGAACACCACUAUCAUACCAUGUACAGACCUGAUCACACAGCAAUGUGCACACAACAAUGUAUAGACCUCAGUCCACAGAUCAACGACUGCUAAACGCUAAUUGAUAAAAAUGUGUUUUAAGCUUUACUUUAAAACCAGUCACAGAUGACGCAUGCUUGAUGUCACUUGGAAGGCUGUUCCAAAUUCUUGGUGCAGAAACAGCAAAAGCACGAUCCCCUUUUUGUUUAAAACGAGAUCAUGGAACAAUUAAGAGUUUUUGAGAUGCAGACCUUAAAGAUCUUGAGGGUGCAUAUAUACAAAGCAUGUCCUCAACAUAUGCAGGUGCCUGACCAUUCAAAGCUUUAAAAAACAUCAAUGCCAUUUUAUAUUGGAUUCUGUAAUGCACUGGGAGCCAGUGUAAAGAUGCUAAAAUUGGAGUAAUGUGCUCUCUUUUCUUUGUACCAGUUAAUAUUCUGGCCGCAGCAUUUUGAACUAGUUGUAAAUGAGCCAGAGAUGCUUUGCUAAUUCCAAAAUACAGUGCAUUACAGUAAUCCAGUCUAGAUGUCACAAAGGCAUGAAUAAUUUUUUCCAAAUCUGGGGCAUUAAGAAAUUAUUUUAUCCUGGAGAUUGUCCUAAGCUGGAAGAAACUGGCCUUGACUGCUGCAUUUACUUGCUUAUCGAAUUUUAAUUCAGCAUCAAAAAUGACCCCAAGGUUUUUAACUUGAGUUUUUAUAAAGGGGGUUAAGAAACCCAGAUUUUCUUUCAAACUCUUGGUUACUGUGGGGGGACCAAAUAAAAUAACCUCUGUUUUAUUAUCAUUCAGUUGAAGAAAACUCUGGGUCAUCCAACACUUGAUAUCCAUGAUACAUUCAUUGAGUCUUCCUAAAGAGUAAUGAUUUCCAAGGUUUAAAGGUAAAUAUAGUUGUAAAUCAUCUGCAUAACAGUGAAAUGAGAUGUUAUGUUUAAUAAUUUGAAUAAAAUAAUGAAUAAUUUGGCCUAGGGGGAGCAUGUAUAGCGAAAAAAGCACAGGGCCUAAAAUGGACCCUUGUGGAACCCCAGAUGUCAUGGCCGCAGAUGAAGAGAAGUAUUUCCCAAUGUUUACAGAAAAAGUUCUACACUUAAUAUAAGAGAUAAACCAAUUUAGAGCCAAACACUUGACCCCAACACAGUGUUCCAAACGCUCAAUGAGUAUAUCAUGAUCAACAGUGUCAAAUGCAGCACUCAAGUCCAGCAAGACCAGGACAGAACAAUCACCAGAAUCAGCAUUAAGUAAAAGAUCAUUAGUCACUUUUAAAAGAGCAGACUCAGUACUGUGCAAUGCCCUAAACCCCGACUGAAAAGUUUCAUAAAUGUUAUUACAGUUCACACACUUUUGAAGAACAGCACAGUGGCAUCCUUUGCUCUGAAAUAUGAGCUGAGUUCUAGAAAAUGCCCAAGCGUACAUUCUCCAGGUGUAGUGUCACUGUGAGGAUAAUGAGGAUUUCAGGAAGCAACUCAUUCUUUUUUGUAACCCUACAUUCCUGUCUCCAAUAGAUAGCUUUAAAACACCAUGUGGUGUCACCUUUAAUGUAUAACAGGUGUUGCAAUCCAUGUGCAGUGUUUUUCAAGCUUUCUUCAGAGAAAAAUAUGAACUCUCUUUGUUAAAUGUUUGAACUGUAUUGUGCUUUUCUUGCCUGACUGUAAACGAGUUAAAGUCUCAGCAUGUUGAGUGUUUCUGUGUACUUCAUCUUCUAUGAGCAGGGAGACUUUAGACAUAUACCUUCAGUCACCCUUAUGCAGGAAAGAAUAAAUUCUCUAUUAUAA